ACUAAACGCGCUUCUUACUUCCAAAUGCGUUACAAAUGAGUUCACCAAAGCGACGUUGUUUCAGACAACGGAAUGCAAGUGAAAGCAGUACCGAAGAUGAAAUGUAAAACCUAACUGAUCACUCAAUCUCUUUUUCUAGUGUUGAGGGUGAAAAAAGUGGCGAAUCCAGUGGACUUGAAGAGUAUGAGAAAGAAGAGUUAACUCGUCAAAAUGAUUUAAAGGAACGUGAUGCCUUCGUUAAACGUCUUGUUGACCGGGAUCAGCAACAAACUAAAGGGGUUUCUUCUAGGUCCGCUAGUAAGCAUGAGGAAGCUUUGAGAAAAAUAACGAGUGGUGAAGUUAGUCGUGAAGAAAUGAUUGCCGAGCUGCGCAAAGCAUCUAGACGAACAUAUCUACGAAAAAGACAGUCUGACAAACUUGCAGAUCUUCAAGCUGAAAUCCAAGAUGAAGAACUAUUUUUUGAAAAUGAAGAAUUAACUGAGAAGGAAAAGGCCGAACUAUUAUAUAAGAAAACUAUUUUGGCGGUUGCGAAAUCCCAUCAGCAAGCAGGAGAACUGGAAAAUAUCUUUCGUUAUUACAUUCCUACUGAAGAAAAGCGACCAGAAGAUCACGAACUCAAAGGAUCUGAAAGUAAAUUAAAUGAUGAAGGCAAGAGAUGGGAACAGGAACAUCUUUCCUCGGCACUUUAUUCUUUCGGUGCCAAAGACAAAGUUGAACAAGAAGUGAAAUAUGAUCUUGUUCUGGAUGAUGAAAUAGAGUUUUUAAAAACACUAACUCGACCCGGUGCCAACAUUGAACAAGAAGUCAGUCUAGACGAAGAGCAAAAACGAAAAGCUACUGACAAACGUGAAGCCCUCAAGGAAGCAAAACGCUCGCUCCCGAUCUAUAAAUUCCGGGAUGCUCUUUUACAAGCUAUUGCUGAUCAUCAGGUUUUAAUCAUAGAAGGUGAAACAGGUUCUGGUAAAACAACUCAAAUUCCUCAGUAUUUGUACGAAGCGGGUUAUUGUAAUGGAGGAAAACGUAUCGGAUGUACACAACCACGUCGUGUUGCUGCCAUGUCAGUAGCUGCUCGAGUUUCGCAAGAAAUGUCUGUUAGACUUGGAUCUGAAGUGGGAUACAGUAUUCGUUUUGAAGAUUGUACUUCAGAGCAUACAAUAAUAAAGUACAUGACAGACGGCAUGCUUUUGCGUGAAUUUCUCACAGAACCAGAUUUGGGCAGUUAUUCGGUAAUGAUUAUAGACGAAGCACAUGAACGUACAUUACAUACAGAUAUACUGUUCGGUUUAGUAAAGGAUGUAGCUCGUUUUCGAUCCGAUUUGAAACUUUUAAUUAGUUCUGCUACUUUAGAUGCAGAAAAAUUUGCUACAUUUUUUGAUGAUGCUCCUGUAUUCCGAAUUCCAGGUCGUCGUUAUCCAGUUGAUAUCUACUAUACAAAAGCUCCAGAAGCUGAUUAUAUUGAAGCUGCUAUCAUAUCUAUUCUUCAAAUACAUGUAACUCAACCUCCAGGUGAUAUUCUAGUCUUUUUAACUGGUCAAGAAGAAAUUGAGACUGCCAAUGAGUUAUUAAUGGAGCGUACAAGAAAACUUGGGAGUAAAAUUCGUGAAUUAAUAAUUCUACCUAUUUAUUCUAGUCUUCCAUCUGAUAUGCAGGCGAAAAUUUUCGCACCGACACCACCAGGUGCUCGAAAAGUUGUCUUAGCCACAAAUAUCGCUGAAACAUCACUUACAAUUGAUGGUAUUAUUUAUGUUAUUGAUACUGGAUUUUGUAAACAAAAAUUUUAUAGUGCACGUUCUGGUGUUGAAUCAUUAAUAGUUGUUCCAAUAUCACAAGCUGCAGCCGAUCAAAGAGCUGGACGUGCUGGACGUGUAGCCGCAGGCAAAUGUUUUCGUCUAUACACUUCACAUGCUUACCAUACGGAAUUAGAUCCACAACCUAUUCCAGAAAUACAACGUACAAAUUUAGGCAAUGUUGUCUUAUUACUUAAAUCUCUUGGUAUUGAUGAUCUGCUACAUUUUGACUAUAUGGAUCCCCCACCACACGAUGCUUUAAUUAUGGCAUUAGAACAAUUAUACGCCUUGGGUGCAUUAAAUCAUAAAGGUGAACUAACUAAAAUGGGUCGUCAAAUGGCUGAAUUCCCAUGUAAUCCACAAUUAUCAAAAAUGAUUUUAGCCUCAGAUAAGUAUAAAUGUUCCGGUGAUAUUAUCACUAUUGCGUCUAUGCUUUCUGUAAAUAAUGCCAUCUUCUAUAGACCGAAAGAUAAAUUAAUUCAUGCAGAUACUGCACGAAAAAGUUUUUCUCAUAUAGCCGGUGAUCAUAUUAUGCUAUUGAAUGUUUAUAAUCAGUGGGCAGAAUCGGGUAAGCUUUCAAUCCUCACAAUUUAAUAUCGAGCAAUUAAAUUAAAUUAAAUUAGUUUCAUAAGUAUAGUGUAUCCGGCGUUAUAUUACUUAUGAACGGAAUUGAUAGACAGGUAUUAACUUAUUAUUCUUUCUUGUUUAUUAACUCAAAAACUUCUAGUUCAACGGUAAUUCAUACUAAAGUCAUUUUCUACCAAUAAUGACUGAUCACUAAUAGAACUGAAAUAAAAAUGUAUGUCACAUCAUUUCGCUUUUUAAUUGCUUCAUCUUCAAGGUGGGUGUGGUUGGUGUUUGAUUAAUUAUUGAACUGUCAAACAGUAAUUAAGCGUCUAAAAAUCUUUUUAUCUACCUAGAUUUAAACAGUCUGCGACUGUCAGUACUACUCAUACAAUAAGUAGGGAUCAUUGUUUUAGACUAAUCUCUCCAUACGGUUACUGAGUUAGAUAUUCUUUCAUUUAUUACUUAGUAUAUUUAACUGAUAGAUUGUACAUUUAUACUACUAAUCUUUACAAUAUCUCUAUUGGUCAAAUAACAUGGAUAUGAGGUGAACACUUUUAUUGUCAGUUAAUUAUCCUUUAUAGUAUGAAAUAAUUACUAAGGAGUAAAAAAAUUAAGUUUUUCACUAAUUGUUUCCUUAUCAGUAAUAAAUAUACUCUUUUAUGAACUUCAACAAUAAAUUCGAACUUGUUGAAAUUCUUUAUUAUACACCUUACUACUUUAAAAUUAGGGAAGUAGCAUAAUUAAUAUGUCAAGUGUAAACAGUGCAUGUCGUUUGAAGGUUUUAUUCUGUUAUUUCAAUUUCUGAGUAAAAAAGCAGUUACAUCCAGUUGACAUGUCCCAAAUGGGAGGAAACUCACGUCCUUCUAUCCACCAUCUGCCUCUGCCUGGAAAGCUUUAUAGUCUUUAUUUUUAACUUAUAGCAUGAGGAAAUCAUUCUGUAGUCAUUUGAUUGUUGAGUUGUUUUAAGUGGUUUUCUGGACUCGAACAGAAACAUAUCCAUUUAGAGUUUUUCCGUAUUUAAAUUGUAUAGAUUUAUUUCCCAUUCAUAACAAUAGCAUUUCAUUUGUAAUGCACUAUUUAUCCCAUAAAUUAGGAGAUUAUCACAUCAUUUUCUUCCAGCUGAUCCUAUCUCCUAGACCAAAUGAUUGGUAUAUUUGAAAAAUAUGUUAUAUUUCAGUGUUUACGUGUAUAUGAAAAGCUUCCUCGUGGAUUUCUAUGUUAGCUUACCUUAUGGUUUAUUGAUUAGCGUAUUCCAUGUAUAUGACCCAUCUCAUUAUAUUUCAGUACUAAUGUAAAUGUUUAAUGACCAGUUCGACCGUUUAAUUUACGGAUUCAUAUAUUUCAUCGCUCUUGUAUUUCAUUGAAAUCUCGAGCCGAUCCAAGUCUGACAACCAUUAAAAACCUGGAAGUACUGGAAGACUGUUUCGGCCUAGUAUGGAGCUCCCCAGCAGCGCGCAUCCACGACCCGGAACUUCGGUCUUACACACGAACACUUCUAAACUAAUGAGCCGGAAUGUGUUAUAUUCAAUGGCUUACAAAUCUAGCUUUUUCGUGUGGUUAAAUACUAUUACUUUUUUUGCAAUAAGGUUAACUUAUAUAUAUGGAUUACAAAUCCAUGUAUGUUUUUGUGCUAGAUCUCAAAUAUUUUAGUCAGCAAAUGUUUGGGAUGAUAUAGACGAUGCGCUUUAUCGUCGCUUAAAAUUCAUUGAAAAAGUAAUGACAAAGACGCUAAUUUUCUGAUGUGAAAAUAAAACCUUGUUAUUCCAUAAUAAAAAUUUUCAUUUUUUGGCGUUGUCAAGUUCUUUGAACUUGAUUGCAGAAAUUUUCGUUGUCGUUACGGAUGGUAUUAUCAGCACUUCCUUCCUAUAGAUGUUUAUUACCAUUUGACUAUACUUAAAUGACUUUCAGUGUAGACAGAUUUUGGAUGACAUUUUGCAUAUCAUCUUUGAUAAAUCAACUAAGACUCGUUAGUACAUGUAAACAUAAUACUAAUAGAGGCUAUAGUUUUAAGUGAUCUCUUCUUAUAUAGUGGUAUGUCCAGAAAAUACGUGAACUGAACUACCAAAUAUUUUUAACGAAAUUUUGUGUAGAAAACAAGAAAUUUAUGAUAUAAUAAGGUUUUUUGUGGAAAUAGUCUUCCGAAUAUAGUCCACUUAAAUACUGGUGUUUGUAAAAAUCAAUUUUUAUUCGCAUUUUAGAUUUCUCUUCUCAUUGGUGUUAUGAGCAGUUUAUUCAGUAUCGAACUAUGAAACGAGCCCGUGAUAUUCGUGAUCAAUUCGUAGGUUUGUUAGAUCGUGUUGAAAUUGAUCUAGUGAAUAAUCCACAUGACCAUGUGAACAUUCGAAAGGCUAUAACUGCUGGAUUUUUCUAUCAUACAGCACGAUUCACUGGUGAUGGUUAUAAAACUGUAAAACAAAAGCACACAAUUUAUCCACAUCCAAAUUCAUGUCUAUCUGAAGCAUUGCCAAAAUGGGUUAUCUAUCAUGAAUUGGUAUAUACAACUAAGGAAUUCAUGCGUCAAAUUAUUGAAAUUGAAUCAAAGUGGCUAUUGGAAGUUGCACCGCAUUAUUAU